CAAACCGAGUUAUUUGUUCCGUAUUGGCCGAACAUAGCGGAUAUAGUUAUUGUCUGAACUACAUAGAUACACUGUGCGCGUAUAUUACUUAAACUACAAUAUUUAUAAAGGAAUAUUCACAUUCAACCCGCACGUAUUGACAAUUCGAGUUUUUAAAAUGACAUUCAAUGAAGUUCGAGUUAUAGACGAUACCGAGGACCACUUCACUUACAUCGCAGAAAUCACGAAAAGCAACGAACAGGAAGAUGCCUUUUACGUGUUAGACGUAGGGGAUGUCGUAGAACAGCACCGAAAAUGGUUGUCAACAAUACCCAGGGUGGAACCUCACUUCGCAAUAAAAUGCAACCCUAAUGGAACGGUGAUAAAGACAUUGGCUGCCCUCAAUGCUGGUUUCGAUUGUGCUUCAAAGGAAGAAAUUAGUCAGGUUUUGUCAGCUGGGGUGUCAGGUGAUCGCAUCAUCUUUGCCAAUACAAUGAAACAAAAUUCGCACAUCAAGUACGCUAGGAUGGUAGGAGUGACCAAUCUUACCGUCGACAGCGAAGAGGAAUUGUACAAAAUGAAGAACUUGUUUCCCGAGGCAAACAUUAUUAUCCGUUUCCGGUGUGAUGCGGCCGUAUCCGAGAUAGAACUGGGUUCCAAAAGUGGCUGCGAUCCAAUCUUCGAAGCACCACAGCUAGUAAAAAAAACCAGAGAGCUGGGGCUCAAUCUUCAUGGGUUCAGUUUCCACGUGGGAAGUGAUUGUGGCGAACCUAUGGCUUAUGGCCGAGGAAUCGGUAUCGCCCAAAAUUUGUUCAAGUAUGCGGAGUCACAUGGUUUCCAAAAUGUAAAGCUACUUGAUAUUGGAGGAGGAUUUCCCGGCGGCGACAAGUCCAUCGAUGAGAUCGCCAAGAUAAUCAACGAGGCCUUGGAAGGGGUGGAUCCGUCGAUAAGAGUAAUUAGUGAGCCAGGGAGGUAUUACGUAGCCUCAGCAUUCACCCUCGCCUCUUUUGUGUUCGGUAAGAAAACCGUUACCGAGGAAGGCAAGAUCCGGAACAUGUAUUGGAUAAACGAUGGAAACUUUGGAUCAUUCAUCGACCAUCUGUUGGCAAUCAAGACUUACUCACCGAUUGCUUUGAAUAAGCCGGUGUGCGAAAAGAAGUAUCUGUCAACCAUUUGGGGACCAACGCUCGACCCUUAUGACUGCGUUAUUCGUGAUCAUUGGUUUCCCGAACUUAAAAUCGGUGAUUGGUUAGUAUGGCCUAACAUGGGUGCCUACACUCUUUCUUUGGCGGGAACCUUUAACGGAAUCCUUCCACCAGCUGUAUUUCCCUUCAUCAAGAGGGAAGCGUUGAAAUCGUUAGACUUGGAACAAAAAACGCAUCCGAAAAUUAAAUCUCUUUUCGGAACUGAAGAGAACCACUGGGAUCAACAAUCAAAAAGUACGUCAGUAACAAUAAUCCAAUGAUGGAGGCCAAGUCUCUGUAGAUUAUAUGGAAACGAAACACCGUUAUACUAGCCCGCCAGUACCCAAUCCAAAUGUCCAAAUGUGCAUUCGUAAUAUACUGUAGCUCUCGCUAGAAUUACGAAAUAAAAUGUGGAUACUUGAGCUUGUGUGACAAAUAAGUGGUGAAAAUUAAAAUGUUGAGAAAAUUAUGUUUAUUGCUAAA